AGGAGGGUUCCUUUUGCCCUUAAACCCAAGAUUGACAAGGAGAUAGAUAAGCUCAUUAGUCAGGGGAUACUGGUGCCAGUCGAUCAUGCUAAGUGGGAGACGCCAAUCGUCACCCCAGUGAAACCAGAUGGGUCAGUUAGAAUCUGCGCCGACUACAAGGCAACGUUAAAUAAAGCCUUGCAAAAAAGCGCUUACCCGGUCCCCGUGGUGCAACAUUUGCUGCACUCGCUGGGGCAAGGGCACGUUUUUGCCAAAUUAGAUUUGGCCCAAGCCUACCAACAACUGCCCGUAGACGCCAACACAGCCGAAGCCCAGACAAUUGUGACUCACAGAGGUGCUUUCAAGUGUACCCGGUUACAGUUUGGGGUGAGUGUGGCACCAGGACUAUUUCAAAAUUUAAUGGAGCGACUUCUACAAGGGCUCCCGGGGGUAGUCCCCUAUUUUGAUGAUGUAUUGGUAUCAGCCGAAAAUUUAGAAGAAUUAGGGGAACGGCUGAGAAAAGUUUUGGGCAUUUUCCGGUCAGCCGGUCUGAAAGUUAAAGUGAACAAAUGCCAAAUAGGGGUAGAAUCCGUAGAGUUCUUGGGCUACAGAAUAGACAAGGAAGGAAUCCACCCCACUGAGAGCAAGGUCAAGGCAAUAAGAAAGGCUCCAGCGCCCAAAAACAAAACAGAGCUACAGGCAUUCCUGGGUCUAGUGAACUUUUACGCGGUCUUUUUGAAAAAUAAGGCAACCGUUGCCGAGCCGCUACAUAAGUUACUGGGAAAGAAUUCCGUUUGGUCUUGGGGGAAGGCGGAAGCUAGGGCUUUCGAGGCAGUAAAAAACCUACUCUCGAGCGAUAGCUUACUGAUCCAGUAUCAUAGCAAGAUGCCAUUGGUACUGGUUUGCGACGCUUCCCCUUACGGAGUGGGUGCUGUGCUCAGCCACAGGCUUCCAAAUGGCACAGAAGCCCCAAUAGCAUUCUACUCCAGAACGAUGUCCUCGACAGAGAGGAACUAUAGUCAGCUGGAUAAAGAAGCCCUAGCCAUAGUUUCAGGAGUAAAAAAGUUUCACGAGUACGUCUUUGGGAGAGAUUUUGAAAUUGUGACAGACCAUAGACCACUGUUAGGGUUACUGGCUGGCGACCGCCCAACGCCUGUGGCACUUUCGCCCCGAUUGACCCGAUGGACUAUCUUUUUAGCCGCAUACUCCUAUAAACUGCGGCAUCGGUGGGGGGAUCGAGUGGUGAUCCCAGAGAAAUUGAGGAAAAGGGUGUUGGAUCUCCUCCACGAGGGUCACCCAGGGAUUGUAAGGAUGAAGGGUCUAGCAAGAAGCUAUGUGUGGUGGCCCUUAAUGGAUUCGGAAAUUGCUGAAAGGGUAGGGAAAUGCCAGGCCUGCCAGGAAUCCAGACCGCUACCCCCAACGGCCCCGGUUAGGGAAUGGGAGAAACCCCAAGGGCCCUGGUCGAGAAUCCACAUUGAUUUUGCCGGCCCCUUCCACGGCCAAACCUUCCUGGUAGUAGUCGAUGCCUACUCCAAAUGGCUGGAAAUCAUUCUCAUGAGAUCCAUGACAGCCGAGGCCGUGAUCUCAGUACUACGGCACCUAUUUGUAACCCAUGGGUUGCCCGACACGUUAGUAUCCGAUAACGGCCCGCAAUUCACGGCAACCCAGUUCGAGGAAUACUUAGCAGAAGAGGGCAUCCGACAUGCCCUCUCGGCGCCUUUCCACCCUGCGACGAAUGGCCUUGCAGAGCGUUUCGUCCGAAGCGCAAAAGAGGCAUUGUCCAGACUCAAGCCAGGCGACUGGCAAACAAAAAUAGAUGUUUUCCUGGCCGUCCAACACAGAACCCCCUGUGUCACAACCGGCAGAAGCCCAGCAGAAUUAUUAAUGGGCAGAAAGCUCAGGUGUCCACUAGACCGAUUAAAUCCAAACUAUACACCGGAGGGUUACAAGGGGGAACUCAGAAAAACAAGGGGGAUGGAAAUAGGCGACCGCGUGUGGGCACACAACUAUGGUGAGGGCCCGAUCUGGAUAGCAGGAGAAAUCCUAAACAUAACAGGUCCAAAAUCAUACUUGGUGGAGUUAAAGGACGGCCGAGUAUGGAGGCGCCACAUAGACCAAAUAAGAAAACGCAUAGCCGAACAAAGCGAAUUAAUCGAAACAGGACUCAAACUGGCUUCCAUCAUUUUUCCCUCUGGACAACCUUUGCAAUUCCACAAAGAUCCAAUUCACACAUUGUGCUAA